AUGUCACGGCGGGUGCUGGUUCUUGAUGGACUAUGGUAUUCGCUAUGUCCGUCAUUCAGCCCAUCGGUGCUGAAUCGUCCCUAUCCUCUAUUGAAGCAGGGCAAACCAAGCUCCAGAUCAGGCUUGACACCAGCUCUUCGCAUUGCGGCGUCGCCGCGGCAUCGCUGUUAUAGCAGCAAUGCCAGGAAGACCGAUACCCGGUCACAAUUCGAGGCUAACUCCGUACACGAAGCCACCAGUGACACAUUCCCGCCUUUUUCCCGUUCCAUUUCAUUAUCCAACAAGCUCUGGGAGGACCAAUACGAUAGUUUCGAUCUCGAGUCCCAUCAUGACGAGGCAUCGUCGCCGAAGCGCAGAAAUAAAAUCAACCAAUUACCGAAUGUCCCCAAACACGCCGCCGAGAAGAGCAAUGACAGUCUCGAGACAUUGUUACAAACUGAAAUGGCCAGAAAACCGAACAUCACAUCUGCCACAAAUAUAUUGCGGCUAUUGAUACAGGAUCGAGGGGUCAAGCCGUCGGCGCGGCAUUACAAAGCCCUCAUACUCGCCAACUCGGAUGCUUUGCAUGGAUCGCCGGAGUUCGUAAGGAGUCUUCUGGAGGAGAUGGAGAAACAAGGGAUUGCAGCGGACUCGGGGACGCUGCAUGCCGCGCUGCAGGCACUCGCUGUUCAUCCAGACUUCUGCCUUCGUCAGGAAGUCCUCCAAAAAUUACGAGAUCGGUGGCUUACCCUCAGCCCGGCGGGAUGGCAUUUCCUGGUUGCAGGGCUCCUCCGCGAGCAUAAAUUCGAGAUGGCCCUGGAACAAUUAUCCCUGAUGCAGCGGAAAGACAUUACCGUUGAUGACUGGCUGCAUAGCUCAAUAAUCUAUCAUCUGUGUGACAUGGGCGAAUUGGACGAGGUGCUCCGCUUGAUGCAGGUCCGAGUUAACCAGGGUCACGACAUGACGUCUGAACUAUGGAUGCAUGUGCUACGGACGGCAAUCGAAGCGCAGCACUUCAUGACGUCUCGUUAUGUGUGGCGACGUAUGGUUGAACUCGGCUACCUUCAUCCACCGACGACUGUGUGCAGCGAUGUUCUCAAACUCGCUGCUAGCGUCAGUGAUAUUGAAAUCGCAAAGGCCGUGUUCCGUCAUCUCGCCAGACGCGCUCUCUCUCCCACUUUGCAAGAUUAUCAACAGCUUAUUGUGGCUAAUGUCGGUGUGGGCGAUCUCCCCGCUGCGUUGGGAGUGCUUUGUACGAUGCACGACGCCGGUUUGUCACUCGAUCAGACGACCACCCAACCUAUCCUUGCGUAUAUGAUCCAAAGCCAGACCGACCGUCGGGAGGCUUGGCAAGUUCUCAAGCGACUGCACAAUGAGAAGCACAACAUCCCUCUUGCCAGUGUUCGAGUCAUUGCCGAAUUAUGCGAACAUGAUGCUCAGAAUGACCCAACGGUGGUAGAGGAUGCAGUAGGGUUUUACAAUGAAAUCCACACGCUGUGUCCGCAAGGCGCCGAUCUCCAGGUCUACAAUACACUGAUCCGCAUGUGUCGCACGGCGGGCAAACGGGAAGCCGGCAUCUUCCUAGUCAAAGAAAUGGCUACCCUUAACGUCAUCCCCGAUGCCACCACCUUCGAAACCCUUAUCUUGAUGUGCCUUGAUGCGGGUAACUACAAGUCCGCCCUCAUGUACUUGUUAGAUCUAGCUCAGCGGGAAGCGACAGUCAGCCCCAAGGCCAAGGAGGAAAUCCGGAGCCUCUGUGAGCCGUCGGUCAACGAGUAUGCGCUACGGCUCCAGUAUCACCCCCUCAUCCAGGAUGAGGAUGUGCCAGCCUUGGACGAUGCCACCAAGACGGCUGAGGUACCCAAAGGGCCUCGCCGCGGUCAACUUGGUCGUCAGGAGAGAAUUGCAUAUAAUAAAGAACGACGACAAAGAAAACGUCGCCGUUUGGCAAUGGAGCGCCUAGCCGCAGAAGGCAAGGUCGGCUUCGAGGCUGUAAACAGCCCGGACUUGGUGGAUUCCGACGUCGAUGUGGAUGAAAUGGACGAGUAUAUCGAGGGGGGAAACGACCGGAGCUCUCCAUCGUCCAAGGCAGGCGAAUAG